AGCACGUGUGCAUCGACGGCAGCAGGGCAGGCAGCAGCAGCAGUAAUCAUCUUCGAGUUUCUGUGCACUACGUGAGGCACUGCAUGCUCCACAGAACAACAACAGGAGAAAGGAGGUGGGGGAGACGUGUUGUUUUCCGUCCAGAAAAGACAACUUCUCCUAAAAAGUUGUGUGUCGAGCGAUGAAGGCCGCCGUGAGGCUUCAUGGCGGAGAAGUAGGAGGAGGUCAGAGCUUCGCUUUGGCGAUUUGACCCUGCGCGGUCUGAGCUAUUAACGUCUGUGGACAUAAAGGAGAAGGUGCAUUUUUUUUGUAAAACACAUGCUCCUCAGAGUGUGCUUCUGAUCCGAGGAAAUAUGAUUUUCAAGAAUAUUCAGCCGAGAACCUGCAGAGCAUGGCUGUCUCUGGUCUCCCCUAGGCAGGAGCCAUGUUUCUACUCCACUGUCCCCCCCCAGCCCGUGCCCCCACUGAACCAGACGCUGCAGGGCUAUCUGAGGGCUCUGGAGCCCCUGCUGCCCCCAGAUGAGCUCAACCACACCCGCAGGACUGUGCAGGAGUUCGGGAGGCCCGGGGGGCUGGGACCGCGGCUGCAGGAGGGGCUGGAGAGGAGAGCCAGGAACACCAAGAACUGGAUCACAGACUGGUGGGUGCAGUGGGCGUACCUGGAGAGCAGGCAGCCUCUAGCGGUGCACUCGAACCCGGCCAUCUCUCUGCCCCGCCGGGAUUAUAACGACUGGAGGAGCCAGCUGCUGUUUGCAUCCAAAUUGAUAGCAGCAGUUCUGGACUUCAGAGCCAAAAUGCACAAUGGCCAGCUGCCAGUUGAGUACAUGCGAGGGAAGCCUCUGUGCAUGGAGCUGUACCCGCUCCUUUUCUCCUCCUGCAGGAUUCCCGGACCUAAACACGACUUUGUCUUUCACUACGCAAAUUCCCGGCGCCCUCCAACACACAUCACAGUAGUCAGGAACUACCAGUUUUUCCAGCUCGAGGUUUACAACAGUGACGGUUCACGGAUGACUGAGAGUCAGAUUCACAGUCAGCUGCACAGAAUCAGAGCUCAGUCCUGGAAGACCGACAAGGAGCCCAUGGGCAUCCUGACCAGCGAGCAUCGGCACACAUGGGGGGAAGCGUACAACCGCCUACUGAGAGACAAACUCAACCAGGAGUCUGUGCGGAUGAUAGAAACAGGACUUUUCUCCCUCUGCUUGGAUUCUCCUGUCAUGAGGAUAUCUGAUGAGAAGUACGCCAGCCGUAAAGCAGCUCAGAUUCUGCAUGGCGGCGGGACAUACUCUAACAGUGGAAACCGUUGGUUUGACAAAACACUGCAGUUUGUGGUAGGCGAGGACGGCUCAUGGGGCCUCCUGUAUGAACAGGCCACAGCAGAGGGCCCACCCAUAACAAACCUUCUCCACCAUAUACUGGAGUACUGUGAGAAACCCGACCCAAAGAGAGCUCCACUUGUUCCUCUCCCGAUGCCCAAGAAGCUCUACUUCCACAUAGACCGAGACAUCAAGAGGGACAUAGAGCAGGCUAAGCAGAACUUAGACAUAUUGAUUAAUGACCUCGACGUCCACGUCUUCAACUUCAAAAAGUUUGGCAAAGAGCUUCCAAAGGAACACAACAUGAGCCCAAACUCCUUCAUCCAGGUUGCAGUGCAGCUCUCCUACUACAGAGUUCACAAUGAGGUGUGUCCUGCCUGCGAUAUCGCCUCACAGAGGAUGUUUCGAGGAGGAAGAACCGAGUACAUCCGCUCGCCGACCAAUCAGGCAUUAAAGUUUAUCACGGCUUUCGAUGAUCCAAAAAUAUCGAGAGAAGCAAAGCUGGAGCUGCUCAGAGAAGCUGUCAGUGCUUACGCUGAGCUGACUACACAGGCUCUUAAGGGGCAUGGCAUUGACCGCCACCUGCUGGGGCUCAAGCUGCAGGCCAUUGAGGAAGGACUCAGCAUUCCCAAAAUCUUCAUGGACACCGCUUAUGGCCUGGCGACGCAUUGGAAGCUGCGGACAGGACAGGUACCCGCAAACACAGACAGCGUCAUGUGCUUCGGACCCCUCGUUCCGGACGGUUAUGCCGUGUGUUACAACCCUCAGGCGGACCAUGUCCACUUCUCCAUCACUGCCUUCAACUGCUGCGAGGACACCAACGCAGAGACAAUGGCUCGCACUAUAAAGGAAACCUUGUGCGACCUGCAGGAGCUGCUGCAGCCUACCGUGUAGAGCUGCUGCUGCUCCAUCAAACAUGAGGAACCCUCUUUUCAAGAAGGAUAAAAAAAAACUGAUUUCUUAAUGUUUUCUAUCUCAUUUAUGCUUCUUGUUACUCUUCCAUCAGAGCCUGAAGGCUGAACUCUGUGGCUCUGCAGUACUUUUGAUAUAUUUUUACCUUCAGUCUUUUUCUUUCAGUAUGAAACUCUUUCUCUGAGUGAUUGAAAGCUGGCUGUUAAUGUGAAAGCAAAAGAAAAAGCUACCUGACACUCCAGCAUUAGCCAAAGCGUUAAAUCUCCGCACUCCUCCUUUUACAAGUCAGAAGACGACCAGCAGCCUUUCCUGGUACUUUCCACCAGGAGAUCACCAUUUGCUCUGUCUGUUGUAGGUUACCGACUGUUAAAAAUGGACCAAAGCAGGUUAAUAUUGAUAAGAGAUGAAGGUGUUUCUUUGUUCUGAGCUUAAAAUCCAUGAAGCCUUUUCUGCAAAGCAGGAUAUCCAUCUUUUCUGGGGACAUUUUUCACCAACACCUGUGCAAAAUCUUGUUAUUAGAUGUGAAAGCUGACUUUGAACCAGUCAAACCUUGUGUCUUCAUCACUGCUGGUCACACUUCCUAUUUUAGACUUUUUUUAAAUCAUUGCUUUUGAUUGUACGUAUGGGCAAGUUUAGGUGAGCAGCUAUUUUCUUGUACCUUUUUUUCUGAUUUUGCGUUGCUUGAAAGUCCACGUUCUUUUGCCUUUCCCCAUCUUGUAAAAAGAGUAAACAAGGAUCUCCUGCAUCACCUCUACCAAAGUAAAACUAAGUCCAGUAUUACUAAUUAAAGGUUCUCAAACGCUCUGGAUCAGCUAAAGAAGUAGAUACAGAAAUUCUUCUGUUACAUGUAUAUAAUAGGAAUUCUUGGACUUGUUCACCGUUGAAAAGUAGAAUCAAAAUGCGAAUAAGGGUGAUGAUCAUUGUUUGGAUAAGAUUGGUUUAAUCUGGCUAUGUUGAGCCUGCUUUGUAGCAGCAGCUUCUUAUCUUCUGGUUAUAUUUGAGAGGAUGAUGUUUGCCCACUCCAAUGGUUUUGUAGAUGUUCAUUUAAAUCUGGCGAACUGUCUAAUCCAUAAUAAAGGGUGUGAUUAUUUGAUCUCCUUUUCUUUGCUGUGAGGAAUAAAAACAUGUUGCAGGCCAGUGUGAAAAAUAUUAGCCUUAUUCAGCAGCCUCUUUUUUUGUAAUGUUUGGACAUAUUAGUAUUUGAUAUCAGCUUUAAAGAUUUGAACAUUUCAAAUAAUGUAAAUAAACAGCAAAA